AUGGCAGAGCCAUCAGAAUCUUCGCGUCGCUCGCUGUACAAAGUGGUAGGCUCGCCGCCUUGGAAGGAAGCUUUCAGGCAGCUAGAGGAGCCAGUGGACCUGGCUGUGCUUGAGGAAAUCCAACAGGAGCUGAUUGACCAAGAGCAGGCCAUCAUCAGUGAGUAUGAGAAGAGCUUGCAGUUUGAUGAACAGUGUCUCAGCAUCAUGCUGGCUGAGUGGGAAGCAAACCCCCUCAUCUGUCCUGUGUGUACAAAGUACAACCUGAGAAUAACAAGUGGCGUGGUCAUGUGUCAGUGUGGCCUGUACAUCCCAUCUCAUUCUCCAGAGCUGACAGAGCAGAAGCUCCGUGCCUUCUUAGAAGAUCAUAUACAGGAGCACAGUAUACAUUGUCCUCACACACCUGAGUUUUUAGUCACUAAAGGAACAGAAGAAAAGUCCAGUCUUUUCAUGAGCUGUCUGGCUUGUGAUACUUGGGCUGUCAUCCUGGAGAGCCAGCCUUGACGUGACAUCAUUCUGCUGGAUUGGAAACAACCCACUCCACCUGAGAAGGGCCUUGUAUAUACAAAUCUGUUAUUUAUAACUUAUUUUAUAUUAAAUCCUUUCAAAUUCUCUGCUCU